CUGUCAGACAACGCUUUUCUUUUUUCGAUUCCAAGAGCCACCAGCAGCAAAGAUUGGGAGGAGUUUUCUUUUGGAAAAAAGUUCAGUAUUGUUGCCGUAACAUCAACUAUGUAUCCCGAAUCGACGUGACCCAAGAGCCAAAUAGUCCUUGUUAUGAACAGUCUGGUGCAUGAAAGAGCAUAUUCAGCCAAAAACCGGAAAUGUUGCUGGAUGCGGAUGAUUGAAAAAGUGAAAAACAAACCUCAUAACAUACUGGAAGAUAGUGAGUCAUUUGUGGAGCUGAAAUUCUAGCCAGAUUGGAUAAGCACCACGGUUUUAGUAGUCUUUUCGGUUCAAACAACUCCCAAACUGUUCAAGCUGUGGUCCACUUACAUUAUUGACGGUGCCGGUGUUUGUGGUGACUGCUGAGUAAUCAAAUCAACAUAAUUUUGCUUUCUGGAUUACGCUCAGUGCACAGAGGAAUCCUCUGUAAAACGAUGAGACAGAGCGGAUGCAACCAAAAUCGGCAGUAAUCGAAAUUAUUCUUGUCAGCUUUGUCGUUAUGUGGCGUUUUGGCGAUAACAGUACAAAAAACGUCUUAUCACGUACGACAAAUCCUUGGAACGCGACUACGACGACGUCUGCUACCUUCGUCACAGAUUAGUAAUAAUAGAGAACUGAGUUCAUCGUGCACCGAAAAAGACGAGAAAUUAUUUCGUGCUUGUGGUUUUAUAAAGAAAAUAGCAUUUUAGGAUGGUAGUGCUUUGCUGAAAAUCUGUUCUGCGUGAAGAACAAAUCUCGGUUGUUUUUGCAACAAUAAGUUAAACAAGAUCGAUUCUAUUCGAUUAUAGCGCGGAACCUGAUCAUCGGGAGAACAUUUCACGACAAGUGACCAAGGAACAAUCAUGAUAAAACUAUGUCGGCAGCGAUGAUUACCAUUUUACACUGUCUGGCGAUCGGAGUACUCGUGUUCUGGUGUGGAAAAUGGAUCGUACACUUGAUGGCCAUUUCAUACGGCAAGUUAAAGCUACAUAAAAAGACAUCACCAGUCACCCAACCAUGCGAAGUGCCCUACCCAUCGGUUUCCAUCUUGAAGCCAUUGAUGGGCGUUGAUCCGAACUUGUCCAGCAAUCUUGAAACGUUUUUCCUGAUGGACUAUCCAACGUAUGAACUGCUUUUUUGCGUUGAAUCCUCCGACGAUCCUGCAAUAGAUAUCGUGAGUCGAUUAAGGGAAAAGUAUCCAAACGUGGAAACGGCGCUAUUAUUGGGAGGAUCCAACGUUGGCGUUAAUCCAAAAGUGAAUAACCUCUAUCAGGGUUAUAUGGUGGCGAAAUACGAACUAGUAAUGAUUUCGGAUGCUGGAAUUCGAAUGAAAAGUGAUACACUAGUUGAUAUGGUGAACCACAUGACUGAGCGAGUUGGUCUCGUGCAUCAGAUGCCGUUUGUUUGCGACCGGGAAGGAUUUGCGGCAGCCUUCGAGAAAAUAUAUUUCGGGACUGUCCAAUCAAGGAUUUAUCUGUGUGCCGAUUUGCUCGGCAUAAAUUGCCACACCGGAAUGUCAUGUCUUAUGCGCAAGAGUGUAGUGGAUGAGUUUGGGGGAAUUCAAACGUUCGGCUGCUAUUUGGCGGAAGAUUUUUUCCUAGCGAAAGCGUUCCAUGACGCCGGGUGGAAGCUUUCCAUCAGUAGCCAGCCAGCCUGGCAGAAUUCCGGCAUUUGUGAUAUUAGCAGCUUCCAGGCGCGACUAACGCGCUGGGCCAAAUUGCGCGUUGCGAUGGUACCCACGACCAUCCUGCUCGAACCCCUUUCCGAGUGUAUCAUUGUUGGAAUGUUCGCAUGUUGGGCCGCAAAAAUUCUGUUCCGAUGGAAUCCGCUUGUGUUUUUCCUCAUUCACACCCUCUUUUGGUUUCUCUCGGAUUGGAUUUUGCUGUCAAUCAUCCAGAACGGUUCGCUUCCGUUCAACAAGUUUACGUUCUUAGUUGGAUGGGCCUUUCGGGAGCUUAGCGGACCAUACCUUUUCUUCAACGCUCUUUGGAAUCCGGCAAUAAGAUGGCGUACGAGAGUUUACAAGCUGGCAUGGGGCGGACUGGCAUACGAGCUGACCUCCCAAAUUAAAUCCUAGGACUUACAACACCAGAAGUAUAUUUACCACACGGCACGCUUAUUAUUUCUGUUUCUUUUGUAUAAAGCUUAUUUAUAAACUCGUUUAUAUUACUUUUGAAAAAUAUUAGGAACGUUUGCUCUAUGUGAAAAAAAAUCCGAAUACCAUCAAAAUGAUUGUUUGUUUUUUUUCUUUUUGCGACUUUUACUCAGCUAGUGUAAAUAUUUAUUAACAGCAAUUAUUUACUCAAUGAAACCGAGCGCCCUCUUCUUUACAUUAUAGUAAUUGAAAGUAAACAAUAAAUUUCAAAAAAAAAACAAAAUCGAUAAACCGUUUAAUAAAAAUCCUAGAAAUGAAACAUUGUUAACAA